GUGAACACCUGCCACGGUUUAAAUCCCCGAGUUUGUACUGGCGUGCACAGAAUGCAGCUUACGUGACAAGAAGAUAUUUUUCUUUUGCCCAGAACAAGCAGCAAGCCUUCACGAGACUGUCACGAAAACAGCAAAACACCUUUUGACAGCUUUUGUCUAUCUUCAUAACUGCACAGAUAAGUGCAAUCAGACAAGCUACCAAGUGUGUGCACAAACUCCACAUUCUGCCUUUAUCGCAAGCCUUUGAGACAUUUUGAGUCGAUCGUCGCGUUCAGAGAACUCCAAUGAAAAAAAAAAAGAACAUUUAAGAUUUUUGAAUGAAGAGCUCGUGAACGAAUCUUAGACUUUUAAACUUGGACGGAGCAAUAACAUUGAGCGUUGCGAGACUUAAAGGAAUGUAGUGAUAACAUCUCACCUGUGCCUCAGUGAGAGUCGGGUCUCGUUUGGCCACCGAGUCCGAAAAAAAGGAAAAUAAGAACAAAUAAGUGUACUAUAGGUGUCCCGUGGGGCAUAGGCGAUAUGAGAGCUGCAUCUCUCCUACUGAUGCUGUAUGUGUGCAGAGUGUCCUGCAUCCUACACUCAGCCCCAAGGGUGACUCUGACAUUUAAAGAGUUAAUGGAGACACGGGCAGCGAGACCAUUCAGCUUCUCGUUCAACACGAGCGACUACCGCAUCCUCCACAUGGACCAGGACCAGGGCCGCCUCUACCUGGGUAGCCGCGAGUACCUGGUCUCCCUGGACAUGCAGAACAUCAACAAGGAGCCACUGAUUAUCCACUGGCCUGCUCCAGCACAGAGAAAGGGAGAGUGUCAGUUGACUGGCAAAGGAAAACAUGGAGAGUGUGCCAACUUUGUGCGUCUGAUUGAGCCAUGGAACAGGACUCAUCUGUAUACGUGUGGCACUGGAGCCUACAAACCCAUCUGUACGUUCAUCAACAGGGGCUGGAGGGCUGAGGACUACCUGUUCAGGCUGGUCCCUGGGUAUGUGGACUCGGGAAAGGGCAAAUGUUCUUAUGACCCAAACCAUGAAAACGUGGCUGCACUCAUCAAUGGGAACCUGUAUGCUGGGGUGCAUGUAGACUUCAUGGGCACUGACCCAGCCAUCUUUAGGACCAUGGGGAGCCGUCCAGCUGUGAGAACAGAGCAGUAUGACUCCAGGUGGCUUAAUGAACCAGUGUUCAUUCAGAUAGCACAAAUUCCAGAUAGCUCAGAGAAGAACGAUGACAAACUCUACUUCUUUUUCCGGGAGAAAAGUCUAGACACUGCUGGGACAUCGAGUACUAGCAUGCUGGCGAGAGUUGGACGUGUGUGUCUGAAUGACGAGGGAGGCCAGAAGUCCCUGGUGAACAAGUGCACAACAUUUUUGAAAGCCAGGCUGGUGUGCUCUGUCAUGGGUGACGAUGGUGUGGAAACUUUCUUCGAUGAGCUGAGAGAUGUCUUUAUUCAGCCCACCCAGGAUGAGCGUAAUCCCAUGGUCUACGCAGUUUUCUCCUCUGCUGGGUCUGUGUUUAAGGGCUCUGCUGUGUGCAUGUACUCCCUGGCUGAUAUCCGUAAUGUCUUUAAUGGGCCUUUUGCCCACAAACAUGGACACAACUACCAGUGGACAGCGUAUACAGGGAAGAUUCCCUACCCACGACCAGGAACUUGCCCUGGAGGCACAUUUACGCCAGGUUUGCACUCCACAAAGGAAUUCUCAGAUGAGGCUGUUAAUUUUGUCCGUGCCCACCCACUCAUGCACCACCCUGUGUAUCCUAUACACAAGCGCCCCUUAGUGGUGCGCUCAGGGGUCGACUACCGCUUCACCACCAUUGUUGUGGACCAGGUGGAUGCUGUGGAUGGCAGAUAUGAGGUGUUUUUCCUGGGAACAGAUCGUGGAACAGUCCAGAAAGUUAUAGUUCUGCCCAAAGAUCCAACUACCUUGGAAGAACUGACAUUAGAAGAAGUGGAAGUUUUCAGGACGCCAGCACCUGUUAAAACAAUGAGAAUAUCUGCUAAGAGGCAACAGCUGUAUGUUUCGUCAGAUGCGGGCCUUACCCAGGUGUCCUUGCACCGCUGCGGGGUGUACGGCAAGGCGUGCUCAGACUGCUGCCUGGCCCGAGACCCAUACUGCGCCUGGGAUGGAGAGAGCUGCACCCCCUUCACACAGGCCACUAAAAGGAGGAGCAGAAGGCAGGAUGUUAAGCAUGGUGACCCUCUGCGCCAGUGUAGGGGCUUCAUUGCGAAAGUGGAGAAGAGAUUAAAGGAGACAGUGCAGUUUGGUGUGGAAGGGAGCAGCACAUUUUUGGAGUGUGUACCACGAUCUCCUCAGGCUACUAUCAAAUGGCUUUACCAGAAAGAUGGAAGAAGGAAAGCAAUUUGCCUGGUUUCCUCAGCCUGUCAAAUGGCCUGUGUGGUAUCUCACCUCUUUAAACAGCUGAAUCGAGACAGGGAGGUACUGAACACUCCUCAAGGAAUUCUGCUGAAGUCUCUCACCCAAUCGGAUGCCGGUACCUACCACUGCUUGGCCACGGAAAACAACUUCAAGCACACAAUGGCACGGGUUGUGCUGCGCAUCCUGGACCGCGACAUCGCUGUGGCCCUCACCAUGUCUGAUAAAGAGGAAAAGGAGGAGUCACCGAAGAGCCGCCAAGAGUCCCAUAGACGGGAGCCUCCAGCUCUGCCCCCAGGCCACCCCGUGCUGCCCCUCGAGCCAGAGAUGAAGGUGAUUCACCAGUACUGCCAGUCCUACUGGCAGCAUCUCCCAGGCACAGGGCAAGUCAAGCGGCCUAGCCGCAGGCACACAGACGGUCAUGAGCUCAGGGCAGCCUGAGCAGGGCCAAGGAACCGUCCAUUC